AUGUUAAGAGCGACUACUGAAACCACGACAACUUCGUCAUCUUAUCAUCCAGACACUGACCGAGCAAAUGCCCGGAGAAAGUCGCUGAUUGUUAUCACUCCUUCUCAAAUACUCUGCGGCUCCUUUGACAGUAACACCUAUCUGGCAAUGUCAAAUGACACUGGAACUACAACACCUACUGUGCUUCCUCCGUUUUCGUUCCUGAAAAAACCAAUCGAUACUAAGGUGAAUACUUGUGAGGAGUUAAAGCUGAACAUAUCAAAAGCAAUCAGGAGGGAAAGCAGAUCAACAACCCCAAGACUGCCACAGUUGCCCAUUAGUAAAGAUAUCAUUGACUAUGAUGAGAAAAUACGAUUUCCUCAAAUGACCAGUUGUCAGUAUAUCUAUGACACCCAACCGAAAACAAAUCGCACCACUUCAUUCGAAACUGAUUCUCAUAGCAAUCUUGAUUCUGAUUUUGUUGAAAAGAAGGAGUACAAACCCGCUGCUGUUGAUAUGAAUUCAACAAGACGCUAUUCAACGCCAAACAAGACCGACCCAUAUAAUAGUUUACCGAAAUUGUGUGACAAAGUUUCCAAUCAAACUUUGAAUCAAGUAUAUCCUAUUAAAAAGCCAUUGAUGACCCCUGCUGUGUUGCGAGCAGAACCUCUAGUGCAACAGUCACAUCAAACAAAAAAGUACUCACCGAAUACAAAUGAGCUUACAUCCACCUGGAAAGAUGAUAAGUCUACUCCACUAGCACAAAACAUGUCUACAUCGUUCACUGUAUUUAUGUCAGAUUUUCAAUGCAUCAACAUUUCAACCGAACCAAGUCAUCAACAUUGGCAACCAAACAGUGCAACCAACGCUUGUAUGGCUUGCCUUCGGUCUUUCCACAGCCCCCUAGUUACUAUGCUUUAUGAUGUACCCAAACGGCAUCAUUGCCGUUUUUGUGGAUUGAUUUUUUGCAAGCUGUGUUUGGAUUCAACAAGUGGCACUAGCAAAAGUUCAAUUUCGUCUGCAUCGUCUACUCUCACAUCAAGCACAACCGAAUCUGUUGGAGUGUGUACCGAGGGUGACUUGCAACACAGUGAAUACACAAUAAUCAUUGACAAUAAAUCCAACUUUAUAAUCCCAGUGAACUCAAAAGAUGCCAAUGCUAUUACUUCCUUGGCGUGUCAAACAAAGAUUUGUAACAAAUGUUCUCGUCUUUACAAGACAUUGUCAACUGAAAUAAAUAAACGUGAAAAUUUAUUGAAGCUAGUUAAGUGUGACAGUGUGUUGAGCCAGAACGAUUCUUCAGUGCUUGGGCGGGCGGAAGCAGUUGUGGUGGUUGAAAACCCAUACAAUAUCCAAAGCAACAUAAGUGAUUACGAAACUACAACUCCACUCAAGCUCAAGCAAUUGACUAUAUGCAUCAAGAAAAGUGGGAUUAAGGGUGGAAAUGGUGCUGAAAUCGGAUCAGACGUUGGUGCUCAAGAAGAACGGAGAAUGAGUGUUGUUGGGGAGGUACCGAACGACUGGACAUGGAGUUCAUUUUAA